UAUUGUAAGAGAGAGAGAGACAUCGAAAGAAGACGAGAGAGAGAAUCAAGGAGAAGACAAGAAGACAAAGAAGAAAGAAGAGAAAGAAGACUUCAGUGACCACCUGCCAGAGAUAACAUCUUCCCAUUUGGGAUCCUCUGGACAAAGGGGCGUCGGAGAUGGGCCUGCGUGCCAUCAUGGACCGCCUUUACAUAAAAGGCAAUCAGAAGGGCUUAGAGUGGAUCUACAUGGAGGAGGAGGGGAUCUGUGAGAUCAUGGAGUUUGAGGGACCACUGGCGGCCCUUUAUUUGAAGUGCAUGAGGCAGGACAUCAUAUGCCAAAUGAAAUGGGCACUGUAUGACUAUUGGAUGGCCAAAGACAACAUGCGAAACACCAGGUGGUGGAAGAUGAGAUUGAUGUCCGAGUUCCAGCAGGACAAGAGGAAGGCCAAAGCCCAAAUGAGAUACCUCUACAAAAUACUAGAGGCAAUAAACCGGGCAAUUCUCCGAAGAACAUGGAGAGAUAUCCAGACAGCCCUCGCAACCACCAAGCGGCCACCAACACCCAGCACUACCAAGUACCGAUGCACCUCUGUGUUAAAGGUGACUGAGGCCGCUGCAAGCAUCGGUUAUGAUUAUGUGACAAAACUGGUGGAUCUGAAGGCUCUGGAAGCUGAGGCUUUGGAGAAGAAGAAAUUCGGGGAGAAUGAGCAUCUGCAGCUAUUGCCGAGUUCCACCCACGAAGUUGAAAGAAAUCCCUGGACCUGCACGCUCCCGCGAGAAUUGGACGAGAGUUGGACGGACGUGGUGUACCGGGCUCGGAAUAGCAGCAUGGAGUGA